CUUGGCAUUUGCAGACUUGGAUUCCUUCAUAUGGUUCCACAGCUGGAGCGCUCAUUACAGCUACAGGAUGAAAUCAUCCAGGCAUACCAGCAGAAAGCUCCUGAGUUGAGACGGUUUGCCCAGAAAAUCAAGGCAGGAGGCAGCGUCGCUGCUUUGCAAGCUGCAGAAGAACGGGAAGCAUUCCUUCUGGAGCUGCAAAAGCCAUUGGUGGCAAGGUAUGGCUUUGAGGAGUCUGCAAAGGGCGUGCGGGAUGCCAUGGUUGAGUACGCUGACAUUGCCGAGAACAACUUGGUGACGAAGCGCCACAACCAUAUGGAGAGGCUUCUCGCUGGGGGAGAGGACAUCGACCUUUACCUUGGAGUGCCGGCACAGCAGGCCAUCCGGAACUUCGGCACUAGGCGACCAGCGCCUCCUAGCCAAUUCCCCUUGGUUGCACGGGAGGACUUUGAAAAGAGCUUUGAAGGCCGGCGCCUGCCGGUGCCGCGGAAAGACAUGCUGGCUGCCAACACCACUGAGGAGCUGGCGGCCGCCUGCAAGCGAGGAGACACCCUUAGAGCUGAGGCGCUACUUGGCCAGAGUGGUGUGGUGAACAUUGGCUUCCAUGGACUUGGCCCCGCUGGAGCAAAGACCUUGGCGCAGGUCAUCAGUCCCAAGUUAGAGGCACUUGAGCUGGACAUCACCGGCAAUGGUAUUGGACCGGAGGGCGUCAAGGCCUUGGCAAGCAAGAUUCCAAAGAACUUGAAGGUGCUGAAGUUGAACCUGUCCCGGAAUCGCUUGACGCUGGCAGGGGUCAAAGCCAUUGCUGCGUCGAUCCCAAAAUCUGUUGAGGUACUUAGCUUGGGAUUUUCUGGCAUGAAGAUGGGAGCAGCUGGCGCAGCUGCACUGGCAGAAGCGAUUCCGCCACAGGUGAAAGAUCUAUCAUUGGAUCUCUUCGGGAACAAAAUCGGAGAUGACGGGAUGGAUCUCAUCUCCAAGGCACUACCCAAAUCCUUGGAGUUGCUUCAUGUGGUGCUCCAACAGAACGAUCUUAGCAGAAGGGGGUUCUUCAUGCUUGACCGGCAGAUUGGAGACCCGCUGAACCAGCGCUUUUUGCCGAAGCUUAAGCCGGAGAACUUUAUUAAAUCUGGGGAGGUGGACGUCACAGAGUUUAAGGAGGAAGCAGAGCCUUGUUCAUCAGUCAAAAUGGCGACGCUAGCGGCCCUAGCGGCCAAAAUGUCCACAUGAGUCUGUAGCCAAGGAUGGAACCAUUCAUCGACAGGUUGAGUGGCAAAGAGUCAUUUGACUCCUCCAAGCAGAUAUUUUUAGAGCUGUAUCAUCCUAUAUCUUCCAUUUGCUUGAAGGGUUUGCAAAACAAGCUCUGCUGCUGCAGCUUGUGUGAGCUGUUUUGUCUUUGCACUUUAUCCC